AUGGCAACUGAUGUUCUUGAUCUAUUACGACCCCAUCAAAAUAUAGAGAAGGUUACUAUCAAGGGCUAUAGUGGUAUACAAUUCUCUUCUUGGACAGCAAGUCCUUCAUUCCACAAGCUGGUUUCUUUGAGUUUAAUCAAUUGCAAAGGCUGUCAAUUCCUACCAUCACUAGGUCAGCUUCCUUCACUCAAAAAUCUCAUGGUUAAAGGACUUAGAGAGAUAAAAAGCAUCGGUGAUGAGUUUUUCGGCGAUACUUCAACCAUAUUGACCUCUUUUACAUCUUUAGAGAGACUAUCUUUUAUGGAUAUGCUGGAACGGCAAGAUUGGUUGUUUGGUCAUGACGGAGAUAGGGAAGCAUUCUCUAACCUCUUGGAAUUCCACUUGGAUGAGUGUCCUAAACUGCGGGGAAAAUUACCUGACGUCCUUCCUUGCCUCGUAAAGCUUGUGAUUUACGAGUGUCAACAAUUGGAUUCUUCUCUUCAACGACUUCCACAACUAAAUGAGUUGGAACUAAGGAGAUGUAACAUUAGGAUGAUUAGCAGCCCAUGUGAGGUGACAAAACUCGCUUCAUUACAACUGUCUAAUCUAUCAAAUGAAUAUCUACCUGAAAGUUUCCUGCAAAACUUGACAACAGUUGAGAGAUUGAUAAUCAGUGAUUGUACUAAUCUUGUGCAUCUAUCGAGGAACGAGAAUGAAUUGCAGUACCUAACAUAUCUUCGGCAUCUGAAGUUGCCAUCGUUACUUCAUAUUUUAACGUCCCUUAUAGAAGUUUUAAUCACAGAUUGUCCAAGGCUGGAAUCUUUUGCAGGGGGGAUAUUUCCGUCUAACUUAAAAGGCCUCGCCAUUCGAGGAUGCAGUAUGGAGUCUUUACCUGAAUCUAUGAUGAACAGGAUCUCAUCUCUCGAGUAUUUGUCCGUCCAGGGGUCUUUUAUGCUAGCUUCUUUUUCAAGAGAUAGUGAUUCACUCCCAACCACAUUUCAGCAGCUGAAAAUUGAGAAAUGCCCGAAUCUUGAGGUUCUUCCUGAAGGGAUGAUGCACACCAGCAACACAUCUCUUCAAGUAUUGGAGAUUUUCGAUUGCUCUUCUAUCUCAUCAUUCCCGGAAGGUCAACUGCCAAAAGCAUUGAAAACACUCACAGUCUGGAACUGCUUCAAUCUCGAGGCAUUACCUGAUAUCAGAACCGAAACAAUGCUUCUUGAAUCUUUACGAGUUGGGAAUUGUACAAAUCUCAACCACUUGCCUCAUGGCUUGCACAAGCUGUUGAAUCUUAAUUAUUUGGAAGUUGAUGGUUGCCAUGGUAUCGAGUGCCUUUCCUCGAGAAGGCCUUCCAAGAAACUUUACGAAAGUACUAAUCCUAGACUGUGA